CACAGAUUUGCUCCUACGUCCAAUCCGUCAUAUGAAUUAGGUAGGCAGGAUCGGCUCCUUCGAUAUUUGGACGAAACUAGACAAGACAACAUUAGCGACAUCAUGAAGUGUCAAGGCGCAGUUGGCCUGCCUCUACUGGCAGCACUCGUAGCUGGGGUAAUGGCGGGUGACCUUAUGGAAGACCUACGGCGAGAUUUGGAACUAGACCUCUUUGCACGACAACAACCUAUAACAAAUUUCCAGCGAUUCACAUCUGCACUAGGAAGCAAACCUGCGGCGCAAAUAGUAUCAAACGAUGACGCCGACGAUGCUAAAAACAACCCAUUUAAGAUUACAAAUUCGCAGAGAUCCAAUGGUGAUACCUUCACCGAUUUCAAUACCGCAGCCAACCGAGUGUGCGACGACCAGAAGAACGAUUGCGCCGACGUAGCUAACGGUGGCGGUGCCACCUUCAAAGUCUCAGAUUGUGAUACUCAAGAUAAUCAAUGUAAACAAGCCAACACGCCUACAGACCAAGACGACCAAUUUCUCUAUUUUUGCGACUAAAUAUACUUUGGCGAGAUGGCUCAAGAGAGGCUUAACAUAGCCUAGGAGUGCUAGAGAGGUUACCACCACCAUUCGUAAUAAUUAUUGGGAGGUGGUUAGAGGCGAAGGGCUCAAACUAAGCCCAGCGAUUCCCAUGAAAAGUACUGCUAUCCUGGGUUUAUUAGCGAUCACGGAGUCAAGGUGUUGGUUAAGGGAGCGUAUCAUCAA